CAGUGUGUGUGUGUGUGUGUGUGUAUGUGUGUGUAUUGGGCGUGAAAGAGAACGCAGAGAGAUAGUGACUUAUGUGCUCGUGUGCAUGUAUGUGUUGCUCUCUUCAUCUGCAAGUGCACAUAGAACAUAUGUGCUGAUGGAAGAGCACAUGUGACUAUUAGCAGCUUCGUUAUGGACUUUUUCCACAUUCACUGGAAUUUCCUGCACUUCUUCCUUUGACUCAUUUUUUUUAAACACCAAGAUACAUUUAUGUGGGGAUUCAUCUAGAGACACAUCAGUCAUUUCGCUCUGAGCUUUACUCACACGCCCAGCACUGUGUGUAGGCAACAGGCCUACCUGGAUUACCCCGAGCGCACGUUAGUGGGAGGACUGUUGGAAAAAAGGCUGAAAGAAAGGAGCGAGUGAGAAGAUGUACCUAUACAAAGCAACCUGCCCGGAUAUCCCAAACCCCAAGCAGAAGGUGACCAGAAGGCAGAGCGGGGUCCAGGCUCCGGGCCUCAGCCAGGGGAGGCUUGUCAGUCAAACGUGUGCGGGCACAGGCCCCCGAAGCUGCUUGCCUCUGAUGCUGUGGGCCACCAGCAAACCAAACACUGUCCUGGAGCUUAAACAGCUGGAGGAGUUUCUUAACUUUCACUCAUUGUCGCUGCAUGACUCCAUCCAGAGCCAGACAGGCAUGGUCUACAGGAACCUGGGGAAGUCAGGACUCAGGGUUUCAUGCCUAGGACUCGGUACUUGGGUGACCUUCGGUGGUCAGAUAACAGAUGAGGUUGCAGAGCAGCUGAUGACUAUUGCCUACGAGAGUGGAGUCAACCUUUUUGACACAGCUGAGGUUUACGCAGGUGGCAGGGCCGAAGUGAUUUUAGGAACCAUUAUCAAGAAGAAAUGCUGGAGGAGAUCCAGCUUGGUCAUCACAACCAAACUCUACUGGGGAGGAAAAGCAGAGACAGAGAGAGGCCUGUCAAGAAAGCACAUUAUUGAAGGUCUGAAAGGGUCCCUACAAAGGAUGCAGUUGGAGUAUGUAGAUGUCGUUUUUGCCAACCGGCCUGACAGCAACACCCCUAUGGAGGAGAUUGUCAGAGCCAUGACCUACGUGAUCAACCAAGGUAUGGCAAUGUACUGGGGAACGUCCAGAUGGACCGCCAUGGAGAUUAUGGAGGCGUAUUCUGUGGCGAGACAGUUUAAUCUGAUCCCUCCGGUGUGUGAGCAGGCAGAGUACCACCUCUUCCAGAGGGAAAAAGUGGAAGUCCAACUGCCGGAACUUUAUCACAAAAUAGGAGUUGGAGCGAUGACUUGGUCUCCACUGGCGUGUGGCAUCAUCACAGGAAAGUAUGAGAAUGGCAUUCCGGAAUCUUCCAGGGCCUCCAUGAAGUCGUAUCAGUGGUUGAAGGAGAAAAUAGUAAGUGAUGAUGGAAGAAAGCAGCAGGCUAAGCUGAAAGAGCUCAACCACAUUGCAGAGAAGGUGGGCUGCACGCUGCCUCAACUGGCUGUGGCAUGGUGUCUAAGGAAUGAAGGUGUGAGUUCAGUCCUGCUAGGAACAUCUAACCCUGAGCAGCUCACAGAGAACCUGGGGGCCAUACAGGUCCUUCCUAAGAUGACCUCCCACGUGGUGUCAGAAAUUGAUCACAUUCUGGGCAACAGGCCAUACAGUAAGAAGGACUACCGCUCUUAAGUGCUGCUCCAGACUUGUCACACUGCAAUCAUGGACCUUAAGGGCCAUGUUUUUUUUUCCUCUUGGUUGGCUGCAGCCAACCUCAAGACCAGAACAGACCCGGGCUGUCAUUGCAUGACCUUGUCGGUUUGCUCGGUUUUGCAAAGCUCAAAUCGGGGGCAAAUCUGCUCAGCCGCUCUUGCAGAUGCUUCUAGUUUAGCUUAGUGGCCUGUUAUGGAUUUAGAUACCAGAAGUGAGCCUAUUUUACAUAACGGCAGCACAGCAGGAGCAUUACAAGCAAAAAAAAAAGUGCCUUGCAUGAGGGCAAUUUGGAAGUACAGUAGAAAGUUUGAGUGUGACUCCUCCCGCUCAUACUCCCAUAUGGCUCGUUUGCGCUCGAUUACCACCCGCCUGUUUUACUUUUUGGCACAAAUGUGACAAUAAAUAUGACUAUGAAGCUAAUUACCACUUGAGAUGAGCUCAGCGGCAUCAUGUAAGUUGUCAUACCAAUAUGACAGCAACAGGUUUCACUCCAAAUGACCCUUUUAUACUACCUAUGAAAUAUAUUCAGUAAAAGUACGCUGCAGAUACAAAUAGAAGCAAAUGAUCAAAUGCAUGUUCUGAGUUUCCUCUUAACAAAGCACAUCAUUCAAUGAAGAAGCCUAUUGAAGAGGUUGCCAUUUGGCGAGAUGGAAGCACGUCGCCCCCCUGUGGUAAACUGAGGAACUACAGGGUACAGGGAUGAAAGGAAAACGUGGGCUCCCUUUUCCUACAGGUGUAUUUAUCUUAUUUUCUGCCUAUCAGUGCAACCUGUAUUGCUAAAUGAAUCAAGGCAACAAAGCUAUUCUCGUAAUAAUUCUUAAUGACUGUAAAACAAAUGUUGUAGGGUAGUUAUAUUUUAAGAUGUUUGAUGUAUAUACUGUAGAAUGCUAGGGUAUACCUUUGUAACAUAUGAACAGCCACCCAGAAGCCCUGCACAGGAUAGUAUAUGAAUAAGAUGUAAAUAAUUAUUUAUUUGAGUUGCACUAUUCAGUUGUUCAUCCUCCUGCGGGUUUACAUAAUAGAGGGAAAUGUCUUUUAUAAAAUAGCAACAGGCCAUUUCGUUUUUCAUUUGCCUCAUAUUGUUAUAAGUGUGACGUGACUAUGAAUGACCAUUUCUGACCUUGACCAUGAAUAUCAGACUAAACCUUAGCGCUCAGUACAACUUUGUAAGUUCUCAGCAUCGAAAUGCAAUAGUUGACUCACGAGCCAACCAGGCAGGGAGACGAGUGACAAGCAUUCAAUGUAACUUGGUGGAAUUUGUCAGUUUUAAGUAGAUUUUGUGGACAGACGGCCUGUCGGUGUUCGUGUUUGUGUGACAUUUUCACCACUCAACCGUGUGCCUUGACAAGAGGAGCAAAUAAUCAGGGAUGUUUUUAAAAGAACAAUUUCUAAAGUGUUUAAGGAGGAAUAAAGUCAGAUGUGAAGGCAGUGGAUCCCCGAAAAUUUGCAGAUUUUUUAGUGAGAAAGCCCGUCCGCUCAAAAAAUGGGCCCUUGUUUUGCAGAAAGCCCAUCUCAAGUCAGUAAUCAUUUAAAAAUAUUUGAUAAUCUAGCAUAAAAUGUCAGUUUAACACAUAACCGCAUAAUAACAAAAAAAGCGACAGGAAAUGGUCAGAGGCAUUCGUCAGCUUGCUUAGGAGGUACUCGUUUAUUCGCAAAAAGCGGCUUAACAAACACAAAAGGCACAAUAGAACAGAGGUUCAUCAACUCGAACCACGAACCCGUCUCACUCGCGGUUCAACACAAACACAAGGCAUGCCGGGAAACCCACGCGCACCCUUCCCCAACCCGCUCCAAUACGGUACAUGUUGGUUUGAGGCUUGAAUGUUCGUUUGUACCAUGUACUUCCUGCUGGUAGCGCCACGUCCAAAGGAAAGGAGCAUAAAAGAGUGUCAAAAAUAGACAUUUUUACGGGCAUCUCAAUUACUUGCGUUUAUUUGCUAUUGGUGGGUGGGUUUAGUGCGUAACCCCCGAAGUGAAUGAACAGUCGUAAUACCUGGUCGAAUUUCCAUUCUUGUUUAAGACACUGAAAAUGUCAGAUCACGUUUCAAUAUUUACAGCAGAAAAACUGGGGAUAUUUUUGUGUAGGUGACACACUAAUGAUAACCAUGUUAUAUUUCCUCUGCAAAACUCUGUAUAUAUGAUGUGAUCCUGAAUAAAUGCUUUGCCAAU